AUGAGUGAUUCAGAGCUAUCGCUAGACUCAGACAAUGUCUCGCUUUCGGACUCAAUUCAGUCCAACGGUUCAGUGGCCGGAGAGGACUCCAAGAAGUGUGAAGUCAUAGAUAUGUCGCGUUGGAGGGACCAGACGCUCACCAAACAGGUGGUCUGGAAAGGCAAGGGUUGGUCCACACCUAUGAAUGGCAAUGAGGUGUCCAUCCAUUAUGUGGCCAAACGAGAGGACGGCUCAGUGUUUGACUCAAGCCGUCAGCGGAACCAAGUCUUCACGUUCACUGUCGGCCGCAGACAAGUCAUCAAA